GCUAGACCGUGUAUUCUUAGAUCAUGGUUUAAUCGAUCGUGAUGGUGUAUUGGUGACUUUCAUAAUUCUAACGUUACGUGUGUCUAGAACUCAAAGCUGUCCUGUUUAGGAAUGCGAAGCCUUAUUUAUGCUCGAAAAUUAUUAAAAAAGGAAAAUUUUUAUUCGGUUUGCAACAGGAAAUGGUAUGCCGUCUAAUUAGCUUGGACGAAAAGCAAUUUUUGUUAUCUGCCUGUUACCAUUCAACAAAGAAAGUAAUACCAUGGCGACAGUUAAUCCGCGAGUGUUCUUCGAUAUAGAAGUGGGUGGGUUGCCUAUGGGUCGUGUAAUUUUUGAACUGUUUUUUGAUAUCUGUCCAAUUACCUGCGAGAAUUUUCGUGGUUUAUGCACCGGAGAAAAAGGUAUUGGAAAAACCACGAGAAAACCAUUACACUACAAAGGAAUUGUCUUUCAUAGAGUCGUAAAAGAUUUUAUGAUACAAGGUGGAGAUUUCUCAAUAGGAAAUGGAACAGGAGGUGAAUCGAUCUACGGAGGAACAUUUCCAGAUGAAAAUUUUGAGUUACAACAUGACAAACCUUUUCUCUUGUCCAUGGCCAAUCGGGGUAAAGAUACAAACGGAUCGCAAUUUUUUAUUACAACGCAACCAGCGCCUCAUCUCGACAAUGUGCACGUGGUUUUCGGAGAAGUUGCUUCGGGCCAGGAAGUCAUUUCGCACAUAGAAGGCCUACCUGUAGACCGUAUGUCCCGUCCACUUCAAGAUGCUAAAGUCGUUAACUGUGGUGAAUUGGUUUUGAAAACUAAGAGUAAAGCAAAAAAGCGUGACAAGAAAGAAUCUAGUGUGUCAGAUUCAGACUCCGAUUUCCAUGUGAAAGCUAAGAAGAAAAAGAAGGCUAAAAAAAGUAGGAAAAAGUCAAAAUCCGAAGAUGGAGAGAUACUAGAUUCAAAUGAAGAUGUGGAGGAAGACGAUGGUCAACCGCACCCUCUCGUUUCUGUGACAAAGAUCGAUCCCGAUGAAAUACCUGAAGUACCAGCAAACAAAUUUUUAUAUCGUGCGGGAUCUACCAACAAUGCUAACCAAAAAGAAUUUCGUCAACAUUAUGGACGAGAACGUGUUCGCAGUAACAGACAGACUGGGCGAAUAUUUAAAGGCAGAGGAAUAUUUAGGUACCACACACCUUCAAGAAGUCGUUCUAGAAGUGUGACGCCACCACAUUGGAAACAGGCACAAAAUAGAACUAUCAAACUGCACGAAUUUCAGCAAAUUGAAAAAGACCGCAUGAAAAAGGAAGAGGAUCAAAAAAGACGUGAAACUGAAAGAAAAAGGAAAUUUGAAGAAUAUCCAGAAAAAAGGAGGGACAUUACUGAAAGUCCUAAACAUGAACUCAAUUAUCUAAACCCAGAAGGCCCGGACCAAGCGGAAGGCAAAGAGAAUAAUCAAUAUGAUGAUGAAGAGUCAGGUGACAGCAUUGCUCGUCGCCAGAAUGAGAAUAGGAAUUUAAGGAAUGGAAAUUCAUUGUUUGAUAAAGGGGACUCUAGACAUAGAGACGGGAGAUCCGGACGACGUGAUCUGUACAGAAACAGAUUCUCUAGCCGUGAAUUCACAGAUAGAGGCAAGAGAUUUGUCGGCCGUCGUUCAAGAUCGAGAGAUCGGCGCAGGUCUAGAGAUCGUGAUCGUAAUCGCGAUCGUAGAUUUAGUCGAGACCGAAGAAGGAGAAAUGAAUCGCCAAAGAGGCGAAAUUCUUAUCGUUCGAGAAAAUCAAGUCGAGACAGUCCAAGAAGGAGCAGUCCUAGACGUAACAGUGUUAGAAAAGUUAGUCCAAGUCAUUCUGAAUGGCGCAAUAAUGACAGGAAGUCUCGUAGCGCCGACAGUCGCCAAGAUAAUGAAAACGACAAGAACAAGCAAAAGAAAGAAUAUCUCGCGGACAAUUCUUUGUCUCAGUCCAGAUUUAAACGACAAUCUAGAAGUUCAAGUUGCAGUAGCCGUCACUCCUGGAAUUAACAUUUGGCAGCAUCAUUUUGUUUACAUGCUUCGAAUCAAAAAUAUAUAAUUUGGUUAUUUGGAGUAGCUAAGAACUUUACUUUGAUUAAAUGUUGAAUCAACUUUAUAAUCGAAUUUUAACUUAUAAAAUUUAAUUGGAGAGGUUUGCAUGUUACUAUUGUCCAUAUCUACAUGUUAUAUUAAAAUAUUAUGUUGAUGAAAUUGCUUCUCAUAACGUAUUAAAAAACACAAAUAAAGAGAAAUAUUAGAACUAGAACAUUUCAGAAUAUUUUACAGUGGUAAUCACUAUUUAUGUAGAGGUAUGAAAACUUUUAAGUUGGUAUGUGUAGCCUGCGUAUAAAUCGUAAAACACUAAAUUUAAGUGAAAAAAUGACGACUAGAUAUAGCAUUAUGUUGGAUAAUUUAAAAACAUGUAUGCAAAAUGCAUAACAUGUUAUGCAUUUUUGACAUUCCAAUAAAUGUUACAUAAUGCAAAAAUUUCCAACAAUAUAUAUUAUCAUCAUAUAUCCAUGUUCUUUUAUUUGACGUCGACAUCAAACUAAAACAGCGCCAAAUAAUUGAUUAUUCUGGAUGCGAUGAAAUUUCUUAUUUAAUUAUAGGCAUGUAGAUAAUUCAUGGAAACAUUGUAUUCCGAAUAUGUUAUCAGUUAUUUUGGGAUUUGUUUACCAGCUAUUAUACUCUUACGCAUAAACUCGGAUUCGUAUAUGGAUAUAAAUAAAGAAUUGUAACUGCCAUUACAUAUUUUUCCUCCGAUCGCACUCUACUAGUUUGGAAAUAAAUAAUGGAAAACUUUAAAAUCA